AACAUUUCAUAGCUGUAGCAUGCUUUAAUGCUCCUAAUGGUUAGGCUUUCGCCUUUUUAGUCUUCAUUAUAAAAGCCUUCACAGUGCCAAGCAACCUUUAGAAAUAAACCCAGCCGGGCUAAAUGUCUAUAUUUAGGUAACAUUGUCCGUCUGUUCUCCCUGCUGCUUGGUCAGUAAAUGGAAUUUCUACGGAACAUGCGCUUUCUCGUAUUUGGACAGCAGAGGGCGAGCUUGUACAGGCGAACAGGGCGAGCGGAGCUAGCUAGCGAGUGCCGCAGGAAGAGUGUGCUGCAAUAGGCGCCCCGCUCGCCUUUACAAGCUGUCACAAGCCGUCGUUGUAGGAUCGCUGUCUGCAUCAGCACCACGGAGAGCGCUCGGCUCUACUCCUCUCCUAACAGCCUGGACACAGACAGACAGCUUCUCAUCAUCGUGUGGGAAGAGAGGAAUCAGGAUGGUGAAGCUGGGGAGCAAUCUGAGUGACAAGAACACUAAGGAGGCUUCUGCUGAAGAUGGCUUUCAGACGGUGCCUUUGAUCACACCCUUGGAUGUAAAUCACCUGCAGUUUUCUGCUCCAGAGAAGGUGGUUGUGAAGACAAGGACAGAGUAUCAGUCUGAACAAAAGAACAAGAAAAUAAGAGUGCCGAAAAUUGCUGAGUUCACUGUCAGCUUCACAGAUGGGGUGACUGAAAGAUUAAAGGUCACAAUCCUGAUAAGCCUGGCACUUGCAUUCCUCGCCUGCAUAGUGUUCCUUGUGGUGUACAAAGCCUUCACAUACGAUCACAGCUGCCCAGACGGAUUUGUCUACAAGCAUAAGAGAUGCAUACCAUCCUCUUUGGAUGCCUACUACUCUGCACAAGAUUCCAACUCACGGGGAAGGUUUUACACUGUAAUCAGCCACUACAGCAUGGCUAAGCAAACAAGUUCAAGAUCCGUCUCCCCGUGGCUUUCUUCGGGAUCCGUUAAUCAUGAAGCCAAAUCUAGUAAACCUGAAGGUCACUAGAAGGUCAAGUGGACAAGGAACUUCCCUGCUUCUUGAGUCCGAAGAACAGCUCAGAUAAAAUGCAAAAUCAAAAACAAACUUGCGGGGUUUAUUAACUGAGAACAAAACAAAAAAGUUUCUUUUUCUGUGCAUUGUUAUUGUUAAUUUGUAACCAAGUCACAAACCUUGUACAAAGGCAUGUUUAAUGUUUAUUGUUACCUUGCAAUGUAAAAAUAGUAAAAAAAAAUACAAAUGGAAUUCUUAAUUUUUUUUUUAUAUUUAAUUUCACUGUUGAUAGUUAAUGCGGACAUAUGCAGGUGAAUGUUUUGCUUUGUGCUCAUUUAUAAUAGUUUGUCAUUGUUCUUUGUGAAGGAACACAGCUGUAUUGUGCAUUAGGAAAAGCUUUUACCCUCUAGAGAAUUUUUUUUUUUCAUCAAUU